AACAAUUUUGAAGAUCCGACACUCCCCUAUGGAGAGGAAGGAAGAGAAGGAGAAGGAAAAGGUGAAAGCACAUCGCAAACGUUCCGGUGAGCAUCAUCCACUGCACUCGACGCGGCGGGAUACGUUACCCACACCGCCACCGGAUCCCACAACACCGUCCACCGCCGCCGAUGGAUUGUCACACGCUGCAUCAUCGUCCGCAUGUGACGCAUCCGCCUGUACCGGAAGCUACGCGGAAACGGAUCCAUUCAAGCGUCUGUUUACGUACCGGGAGCGAGAGGCACAGUUCUUGCGGUUGUUGUGCGAAAGUGAACCACAGGAUGCUGCAUCCGGUGCGGGAGGAGGCAGCAAAAAGCCACCCGGUCCUUCGGGGCAUUCCCAAGCGAUGUCCACGGCUGCGAAGGAAAGUGUGCCUUGUGUUACCGUUGCACCGGACGUGAUGGGACGCAGUGAGCCGGGGUUUGAGUCGGCCAACGAGUUUCUGAUGCUGCUGAAUCGGGCUGGUCCAUCGGUGGCUGCUGCACUGUCUACCAAGGAUGCGAUUGAUCAGCUGGAUAGGUUGCACGAACUGAUCGGACAGUUUCUUACGCUGCAGGAGCAAAACAUGCGGAUGCACUGGCAGUUGAAAAACGUCGAAACGCUGCGCAAGCUGAAGCUAAUGCAGAUUGCGAUUGCGAAAGAUCCGGAAUCGUUCAUCAUCAGUAGCGGCGGACUGGUGGAAGACACGUCCGAUAACGAUCUGCUGGACAAUGAGAUCGAGCAAAAUCUGGCACUGCUGGAGACGAUCCUUGCAGCUGGUAAUUCGGCGAGCAGCAAGCGCAGCAGCUCCAAAAGGGAACGCAGCAAAUCGGUGAUCAACGAUGAGAUCACAAACUUCCAGCUGCACCGGAAAGAGAGCAGUGGACGUAACUAUCCGCUCCGCCGUCAGAGUGCCGUAUCCGACUUUAAGCCGAAGGUGUCCAAAUGGACAAAGGUGAAGGCGGCCUUCAAGUGGGAAAAGACCAGCGCAUUGCCAGCGAACGAGAUCAAGAGCUCCGAAGCGAUGAUGAUACCGGUCAACAAUGAGGUGGCCAGAUAUUUGCGCGUACCAUCCAUACCGUGUGUCGGUAGCUCUGGCGACUCGGUGUUUAGCUCCUCGUCCGGGAUCGUUGUCAGCGGGGGAUCGGCUCCCGGUACGCCGGGUGAGAACAGCUUGGCCAGCUCGGCCGAAAACCUUACUGACAUGAACGAAGAUAACGGUGGCGCCUCGGGAAGCAACCGGGAAAGACACGGCAAGCGGGACUCGGUCAAGAGUACGGAGCGGAGCAGCCAGGAGGAAGAUGCGCGCCGGUCCCGAUCACUUGAUGGGGAAGCUAUUCUCGAACCGAUUCGACAGAUGGAUAAGAACAAGAAUAAAUCUGCCUGGAGCAAGGUGAAGGGUAUUGUAAAAAAUCACCGUGGAUCGCUCAAGUCGAAUGAGUCGCGCCGGGACGCUAAACCCUCGAACAGUGUCGGCUGCAGCCGGGAAGCAAGUCCAUGCGAAUCGAUGGAUGCUUGCGAGAUGACGAUGCAGCGCGAUCGAUCCGAUUCGUUCUCCUCCAGCCAAACGUCACCCGGCCAUCGGUCGUCAGCGAUGACACCGACCUUCCUGCUGCUGCCUGCAGCCGGUUCGGCAGCAGGAGGUGACACCAGUGCACCCAGUGGUCCGAACUCACCGUGUGGUUCCAUCCCGGGCACGCAGACCACCUUUUCAAGUGGAGAAGAUGGCGAUUGGAAACCGGCGAACGCGGCAACCGAUAGUCGAACGAACCGCAGUGGCAGUGGGGAUAAAGGUGUUCCACCUGGGACAGCGUCCACUACCACCACCACCACAAUCGUUACACCCGGCACGAGUCGUGGAUCUCGCAAAAGCAAACACAUACCUGAUAUUGAAUCCGUACCUGAAGGAGUACCGGUAGAGACAAGGUCACCAGUUGGUGGCACCAUGUCACAAGGGUUAGCGCCUACCAGCAGCACCAACACAAACAGCAGUAGCAGUAUUAGUAAGCUAAGAAAAUCUCCCCCCAAACCGCUCACCUUAUCCCGUGGACAGGACUCGGUCGAUGUGUCUGGAUCGGAUCAUCCCGAUGGUGCGGUCCUUUCACUAUCUUCAUCACCCGGUCCGAAGUAUUCGCCGAAGCGCAAAAGUUACUCCGGAAUAGCGCUCGAGCCCGAAGGAUCGCUACCAGGAAGUCCAUCUGGCAAGCAGUUUGGCUUUUUCGCAGGUACCGAACGGGUGGCAGAAUUGGUCGAACCGGACUACUCGAGUGGUGAUGUGUCGGAUCAGAACACACCGAAGCGUAGACCAUCGCCGAAACAUCGCACGCUGCAGCGACAGCGGGAAGAAAUCGAACGUCGGUACCAGGAGCUGCAACUGAAGCUACAGCGAGAGUUCGACGCGAAGCAGCAAGAAUGGGAACGGAUACGACCGGCAGCAAUUCUGCUUAACAACAGUCCUUUAUUGCUUCUAGUGAACCAGCUGCUCAAGGAGGAAGCAUCUGGAGGUAUCACCAGCACAUCCAAAUCACAGCCAACUCCGAUCGUUGAGGACAAUCUGACGCCGGACUUCAAGAAGAAGCUGAACGAAUGGCGUACAAAGCAUCAGCCAGGAAUGUCGAAAGAUAUCGUAGACACGAAGAAGAAACCAAUCACUGACUGGCAACUGUGGAAAACGGGACAGAUCAAGUUGGAAGGGCAAGGAUUGAAGCAGCUGCCCGAUGCUAAAGAUUUGCCGGAAGAUUUUCAGAAAAAACUAUCUGAAUGGAAGCAGAUGAAGGCAGCCAACAAAGUCCCUCCCUACACAACACAAUCGUCCCAGGGUGGUUCCAGCGAGGCUGGAACUUCGAUGAAGCGCCAACAAUCAAAAGCAUCCGGCAGUGUGGUGAAGAAGUCGAAAACGUCCGACGAGUUUGAGAAGGAUCGACAUCCGCAUCAGCCACAGCACCAAUUCCAACAGCAUCAACCGAAAGCGGAAGGUCUGUCCAAGCUAAAGGCGCUUGUGACCACCUCGGAAGCACCGAAGAAGGAACUGGUGGUGCAGACCACCAAAGGUUUCAUCAAGUUCGAGGGCAUUUCACGCAAGUUUACUCGCAAGCUGUUCGAAUGGGAAAAGGCUAAGGGUAUCGGUCCGGAAGCGUCCACAAUAGCGCUACUACAUCCGGGAUAUGCACCGGUCGUGGUUGAAACACGUGGCGUAGUGCUGGAGAACAAGCGAGAAAAAUCGCCAGCAUUAGCGCGUUCGCUUUCGAUGGACAGUAUAGCGCCGGUUCCUUCUGCCUCUUCAAUAUCGCACCAACCGUCGAGUCUUUCGCUGAAUGAUGCUGAUGAACUUAAGGAUGUCGAUAAGGACAGUGGCUCCAAUCGACGGGUAUCGUCCAAUCCCGAGCUGGAGCUGUCUGCAGAACGGGAAGAACCGGGAGCCGUUUUGGUGGAAGUUGAAGAUGAGGUACUCGAGGUGGCAGAUCCACUGAUGCCGGUACUGCCAGAGGAAGAUCGGAGACAAUCGACCUCACUAGGAGUGAACCAGAAAUCUAAAGAGUCUGGAUAUGCGUCACGACCUUCCAGCAAUAGCAGUACCAUUCUGAAAGACUCCACCAAGCUGCUGAUACGAUUGAGCGAACAGGACUCGGUAGAUCGGGACGAGGUGCGUCGACUAAAGAUUGUUCUGCGUGCCCUGAUCGCAACGCUGCCCGAAUUCGUGGAAACGGGAUCAAGGGAUAGUAUUGCAUUUUUCGCCUACAUGAAGGAUCUGGCGCUCGAUAUCCUUCGCUACCUGUAUCGUUUCGACGAAGGAACGCUCAAGGAUGCCGGUGAGGUGUUGGGCAACGUGCAAACGAUUAACGGAGCGGUGGCCGAAUUGAAAAAGUCUCUCCACUCGUACAUGAAAUACGCGACGGCUAAUGCGAACGGGCGGAAAGAUGAGGACAUACCACAGAUCAGUAUUACACCGGCCGUCGGAGCUCAGGCAACUUCAUCGAUACAGCGGACAGAUGAUUCGUUCCGAAGCAUGGCAACGAUCAACGUAACACCGACCUUUGUAUGCAAUGCCGUGAGAGUCAAUACCGUGGAACUGGUGCAUCCGAAUCCUUCGGCAAAACGAUUUCCCAUCAGCUCAGAAUCGGAACCGGCUCCACUUACCUCUCAGUCGCCUGACUCGUCCGCUUACACAGCACCAACAGUCCCUGACGCUGUGCAAAGCGUUCAGUGUAAAGACUCGCCAGAGAAAGAACCCCGCGACACUUCCGGUAAAAAGCUGCAGCGUAACCUUAGCAAUGGAAGUCGCCGUAAGGCCCGUAUCAAGCGGAUGGGAUCACGUCAAAGCAGCAAAACCGAAAGCGAUAGUGACGAUAGUCCACAGAACUAUGUGCUCGAUGUGCCACGUAAGACGAAGCGUAAGACGAGCCGUGCGAAAAAAUCUGCCUCCGACUCGACGGAAAAGUUGUCCACUGUGGCACCGCAGUCGGUUGCCGGCGGAGAAAAGGCUUCCGAAGAUGUGGUGUACGUGUUGAAAAUUAAACCGGGUCAGAAGAUUGAGCAGGUAGAACGGCCACAGCCACAAAACGCUUCGCUCGGAAUGGCGACCGGGGAGGAGGUGCUUAUUUCACCGCGGGAAACUUGCGUCGAGCUGUUGGAAGUAACGCACCCGACUGUGGUCGAACCGACGACAGUAACCUGCACGGCGAGUGUUCUUGUGAAAACUAAACGUAAAAUCUUCACCACGGUCGAAGGUGACGGUUUGUUAGGGCCUGGUGCAAGCAAUCAACCGGUUGCCAUCAGUCAGGAAUUGGAGUCCGGGUCGGGUGCAUCAGAUCGAAACGAUGCACCGGAGACGGUGGUGAAUGUUGUGCUGGUUGCGAGUCAAGACCAGAAGAUCGUUACGAACUUACCACCAUUGCCACAGUCGCCAAGCAUGCAGCGACGGAUGGAUGCGUCGAAGGCACCGAACAAGGAACUAUCGCCCAACAUACGGUUAAUGAUCGCCAAAUACAAUCAGCGUCUAACGACGGAAAAGGGAGGAGCAUCUCCACACAGUUCUGGGUCUUGUUCUCCAGUGGCGUGGCGUUCGCCGGUACUCGAUCGGCGUGUGCGCAAACAGACGGAAAAGUAUCAGGAAACGAUACAGCUAUCGAAAUCGGCCAGUGCUGGUAGUUUGCGCAAGUCUUUGAAACAAUUGGAGGAGGAAAAGGAAGCCGAGUUGGGCUCGCGAGGGUCAAGUGGUGCUGCUGCUGGUGAUGGAUUUGGAGAAGAUCGUGAUCGAACGAGAGUCAUCAAAUCGUUCAGUGCGAGUAAAAUCGAGGGAACCAGCAAGAAUGUGAUGGUAGAGCAGGAGCGAGAGUUAGCUAGGGGACACACCGAGAAGGAACCAUCUCCAAAGCUUGCAACGUUCCCAGCGUGUGAUAGUCUGCGAAGGCGUGAUACCUUAUCCCGGCUGGAAAGGACACGUGAGCAGCAAGCUGCUAAAGAACUCUCAUCGAGCAUUUCUAGCGCCGUGUCGUGCCAGACAGCGUCCAACGUGACCGGUACGAUCAAGAAGGAACGGUUGUACAAAAAACGUACUGAAUCGCCGAUAGCGACAGGCUCAAACACGGGGAGUAUUAAGAAGGGAUCCACAAGGGAAAAGUAUACCCGGUGUCGAUCCGUACCGAACGAAGAAUGUGCUACGGAGGUGUUGAUCUCGUCCAAAGCUCUCAAACCACCAAGUCCACGGCUGAUCGCAAGACGAAGGCUUAAUCUAGAACAGCAGCGAACGGAGUUUUCGCGAUCAGCUCCAACGACACCGCUCGAGGAGAACCGUAGUAUUCUGGUGCCGCUAAGUCAACGUGCCUUGAAGCUUAAGAAAGCGAAGGAAGAGUUCCUACGGGCUCCAGCAGGUGAUCGAUCGGGAGUUUCGGGUGCAUCCGACCAACAGGUGUGGAGUAAUCGGAUUAGCCAGAUUAGUGCAACCAGCACCGCAUCGUCCAGUGUGGUCGAAGGGGAGCUAACUCUGCUGAUGAAGAGUGCCAGUGCGGGUGUCAUUGGUGUGCACACUUCAACUGAUCAAGACGCAUCCCUUACAUUGCGUCGUAACGAGUCAGGAUCGUCGUGUAUUGCUGGGGAGGGUGGAGCAACGGGUUCCAUCUCACGACACAGUCUCAGUACGGUAAGUACGGCUGCCGGUGUGGCCGGUGGCUCCAUUGCCGCUAGCAGUAGUGGCAGCCGGUUCGGAGGUCUAUCGAAUCUCGCCUCGAAGCUACGGAAGGUGAAGCUCCGACGGAGCAGCAAGGAUCUCAGCAAGAUGCACGCCAUUUCGGCACUCUGUCGGCAAAGUCUCAUGGUGGAUAUUAGUGGCGAGGCGGCAGCAAAGAUGGGCAGUGCGCAGAGCCUUGGGUCUCCGGUUCGGCGCACCGGACACCGCGCGUUUGACGAGUUGCCCGGCGAUGGCGAUGAGGAACCGCUGAAAAAGUCCGGCAGUGUACAGGCUAUUUGUAAUCGCUUUCGUCGCAGUGGCGAGCGUAACGAUGAGCUGAAGAAGAGCCGUAGCUUAGGCUUUCUCGAGCCCGAACGGAAGGACUCGGGAUGA